AUGACGCCAGACGUGGACAGAAAUGCCAUCCCGGGCACAUUUACCCUGGUGGAUUUGGAGCAUACGUUGGCCACACGACAUCUGGACGGGGGAAACAGUGAUAUCAUCCUCGUUCCCCAGCCUUCGGAUGAUCCUGAUGACCCACUAAACUGGUCGCCACGACGAAAGUUGCUGUCGACCAUCUGCGUCAGCUCGUAUACCUUGUUCGCAGGCAUUGCAUGCUCAGUUGUCUACUCCGUACUCGUUCCACUCUCCGAGGAGACAGGUGUUUCUGUUAGUACUUUAAAUGAAGGAACGGGAUAUAUGUUCCUGCUCGCAGGAUGGGGCCUACUAUUUUGGCAGCCAUUUGCAUUGCAGUAUGGCAAGCGACUGACAUACAUAGUCUCAUUGAUCGGAAUGAUGGGCACGCUGAUCUGGGGUCCUUAUAUAACGAGCAAUGGACAAUGGAUCGCUCGUAGCGUGGUGACUGGAUUUUUCUUGGCACCCAUUGAGGCCCUUCCUGAAAUAACAGUCACGGAUGUGUACUUCACGCACGAGCGUGGGACGUACAUGGGUCUGUAUGCCUUCUUCCUGGCCGGCAGUAACUAUUUUGCCCCAGUCAUAUGUGGCUUCAUUGCCGAGUACCAGGGCUGGCAAUGGGUAUUUUAUUACCCUGCCAUUUUCUGUGCCGUCACCGCUGCGUUUCUUUUCUUCUGCAUGGAGGAGACGAAUUAUGCGCGUGAAGGUGUCCAACGUACCACCUCUGCUCACCUAGUGAAUCCACCUACUUCAGCAUCCGAGAAAGAGAAGCAAGAGAAGGCUGAUCCUGCUGAUACUCGACAUACCGACACAGAGGCCGGUGAAGUAUACAACGUAUACAAUAAGAAAACUUACAUCCAGAAGCUGUCACUUCUGGGGCCGCGUCAGCCCAAAAAUCACAUGCUUAGACGGCUCUGGCAUGCUUUAUAUUACUUGAGCUGGCCAGUUGUGUUUUACGCAGGCUUCUCAUAUGGCUCGUACUUGAUUUUUUUCAAUGUGUUGAACGCGACUGCCUCAAUUAUUCUGGGCUCUGCUCCAUACAACUUCAGCACUGCAAUUGUCGGUCUUUCCUACAUUGCAUGUUGUCUCGGGGUAGCUCUUGGUGCUAUCUUCACCGGUAGAUUCAGCGACUGGCUAACGAUCCGACUCGCUCGACGGAAUAAUGGAGUGAUGGAAGCCGAACACCGUCUCUGGCCGUUCCUUGUCUGUCUCGUCAUCCUCCCGGGCUCAUUGAUACUCUGGGGAGUCGGCGCAGCGCACCAGGUCCACUGGUUUGGCCUCCUAGUAGCGAUGUGCCUUCUCGCGAUGGCGAAUACGUGCGGUGUCACCCUGAGUGUGAACUACCUCGUGGACAGCUACCGGGAGCUAAGUGGUGACGCAAUGACAAGUAUCAUCUUAGUUCGCAACACGAUCAUCACCCCCUGGAUCGACAACAUGGGCUACCAAAACUGCUUCAUCUCCGCUGCAUUUAUUGGCAUGGCCUGCGCAGCCGUCUUCCUCGUCAUGAUCAAAUACGGCAAGACACUCCGCACACGUAGCCGCGAGAAAUACUGGAACCUCGUCGUCGAGAACCAGGAAAAGGGAAUGGCGCAUUAG